AUGAAAGCACUUAAGGAGGAGCAUAUGUAUCCACAUUUCAGUCAUCACCAUCCAAUGGUGUGUACCAAUUUUAUUUUGGCAGAAAAUAUUACCUGUUCUGGGUGCAAGAUCAGUAUAUUCCCAGCUAAAAGCUAUUACCACUGCAAAACCUGCCCUUUCUACCUUCACCAAGUGUGCUACAAUAUGCCUAGGAAAACUCGACAUCCUGGUCACCCUGAUCACUUGUUAACCCUCCAUGUCAUGCCUUCAUCAGGCGAAGAAACCUUCAAGUGUGAGGCUUGUGGACACCAUGUCAAUGGAUUCUACUACAACUGUGCAGAAUUUUGCAACUGCUACCAUAUCUUAUGCUCAGCACUGCCACUUUCCGUAGCAAUCACUUCCCACCUUCACACACUCAAACUAGAAUUUUCACCUCCUUAUGACUUGCAAUGUGACAUAUGCAAAGAACUGGCCAGCUAUAAAGGGUGGCUUUAUAGGUGUCAAAUCUGUGAGUUUGAUACACAUCUUGCCUGUGCCAUUUCCAAUCAAAGAACACAAUCUUUUCGGCAUCCAACUGCACCAUUGCCAGACCCUUUGACAAGAAAGAUAAAGUAUUCUUCAGGAUCUUUCUUGAAAACUAAACAAGCAGAAGAUUACAUUCAUGAAGGCACAGAGCUGGUUCAAUUAGUAUCCCUGGGUGUGGCUAGAAAUAUCAGAGAGAAGAAAACACAAGAAAAUUUUCUUAAAACAGUGGUUGGAUGGGAUGAGAGAUUGCAUAGUCCUAAAAGGAAACUUAAAAUAAGAAAUGGCCAGAAUGAAUACAUUGUAUCAAGUCGCAAGCCGGAUAUUUCUGGCACUUCUCCAAGCUCAGAAGUACAAGCACAAGAGACAGACCAAUCAAGUCUACUUUCUGGUGACCUUAUUACAGCGCCAAGUUACCAGUUCAGCGAUGGAUGUUUUUCAAUAGAUUUGGCAGGAUCUUAUUCAAGUUUCGAUUAUACAAAUCAGGCAAGAAAGGAGCCUAAACUUUCUGAUGCAAGCGCUCUCCAGAAAGUUAAAGAAACAGUAAAUGAUAGAAAUAACAUUAUGCUCGAGAGGAUUACAAUCAACUUUGAACCAACCAAACAAGAAAUUACUUGUGCUAAUAAGGGAAGUUUUGAUUUUUGUAAUCCAAAUAGUAGGAUGAAUGAGGCAUUCUUAACUGGAGACGGCACUUAUUCAGGGGAGCAAAGGAAUAGAAAGAAAAUGUCAAAUGAAUCCAGGAGCGUGUCUAGAAAUGGAGAUCAGAGCAGUAAAUCUGAGAAAGUAAGUGCAAGUAACCAAAGGCCAUAG